GGCAUGUCUAGCCCUUUUCUCUAUGGUUUUGCAGUGAGUGACAGGAGCUGCUGGGUCAGGGAUGUUGCAGAUGUGCGUGACUUUAUUAUCAGCCUGUGCAGGUUGGUUCUGCUGCUAUACGUUGUGUAAUCGCUCCUUCACUUGGCUGAUUGCCUACAGGAUGCAGCAGACAAAGUAUAUCGUAUUCACCCUCCUCCUGAUUCCCGCUGUCUCCUUUCAUCCCGUCUACCAUGAUUACUGUAUACUGGGUGCUGGCCCGGGGGGUCUACAAGCUGCUAGGUUCUUGAAGGAUUCUGGGAGGGAUUACGUAGUACUAGAACGUAACCAGAGUCCAGGCAGCUUCUUUCUCCGAUUCCCUCGGCACAGGAAAUUAAUCAGCAUCAACAAAAAGUUUACUGGACGCAAGAAUCGUGAAUUCAACCUGCGACACGACUGGAACUCGCUUUUAAGCCAGGAUAGGAAUUUGCUUUUUGGCCGUUACUCCAGUGAUUUCUUCCCCCAUGCAGACGACAUGCUGCGAUACCUCCAGAAUUUUAGUGCUGGAAUCCAUGUGCAUUAUGGAGUUAAUAUCAGCCGUAUCCAGCUGAAAUCCAGUUCAGUGGCAUGGAACGGUCACUUCUUCUUCCUAUUAGACCAGGCAGGGCGGGCGUACCAGUGCAGCGUACUGCUGGUAGCCACUGGCUUAUCUCUUCCUCACCUUGUGGACUUUCCUGGAUCAGAAUAUGCAGAGGGCUACGAGACAGUAUCCACAGAUCCGCACAACUUCAUGGGACAAAGCGUCUUGAUCCUGGGACGUGGAAACUCUGCAUUUGAAACAGCUGAAAAUAUCUUGGGGGUCACCAACUUCAUACACAUGUUAGGACGUUCCAGGGUCCGUUUAUCCUGGGCAACUCAUUAUGUGGGAGAUCUCAGAGCGAUUAACAAUGGUCUCCUGGACACUUAUCAGCUGAAGUCUCUGGAUGGGCUUUUGGAAGGGGACCUCUCGGACCUGGCGCUAGUCCGUGAUGAAGCAGGGAAAGUGUACGUUAGUCACAGGCAUUAUCUGAGGAGGGACACAGAGCCUGCAGGAAACAAGACAGGCAUAACUCUGUCUACUCUACCGCAGGACGACUUGGAUAAUUUUGCAGCUCGGGAGCCAUAUGACCGUGUAAUUCGCUGCUUGGGGUGGUCUUUUGAUUUCUCCAUCUUUGACAGGUCUGUUAAGCUAAAGCCGGCGACCAAACAAAACAGGAAAUACCCGUGGCUAACGGCGAGCUAUGAAGCCAGGUACACCCGGGGGCUGUUUGUGGUGGGCACUGCUAGUCAUGCUAUUGAUUUCCGCCAAUCUGCUGGAGGAUUCAUACACGGCUUCCGCUAUACAGCUCGAGCUGCUCACCGGCUAAUGGAGAAGCGAUACCACCAUGUCCCCUGGCCAGUGACCCAUCACCCAACAUCCCAGCUCUUAAAUGUGCUCCUGAGACGUCUGAAUGAAGCUUCGGGUCUCUACCAGAUGUUUGGAGUUCUUGCUGAUGUUGUCAUCAUUGGAGAGGACUCACAGCACUUUCAGUACUUGGAGGAGGUACCAGCAGGAAUCCUUCCAGACUUUGAACAGAGCACAGGCAGGGAGGUGCAUGACACAGGCCUGUUUGUCCUCACAAUGGAAUAUGGAAAAAACUUCUCCGGGCCGGAUAAAGAUGUGUUUUACUAUGACCGUGCCAUUGGGGAGGCCAGGGCUGCUUGGCAAUCGAACUUCCUGCAUCCUGUGGUCUAUUAUUACCGGCAGCUGCCAACAGAGCAGCAGAUGAAGCUGCGCCCAGAGCAUUGGCCUCUACCGCGACCUGACAGGAUACACCAUGUGGUUGAGGACUUCUUGACAGACUGGACUGGACCAAACGCUCAUGUUCUGCCACUCCGUCGGUUUCUGGAAAACUGUCUGCAGAUGGAUCUGAGAGCUUUCUAUGCUGAAUCAUGUUUCCUUUUUGCCCUCACACACCGGAAACUGCCCAUCUUCUGCCAGCAAGGAUAUCUCAGGGAUCAAGGCCUGACGGGCACUGAGCAAUUAAGACUGCUUUCUAUAGAGGCUGGCCUCAUGGAGGACUACAAAAGUAGAAGUCACGUGGCCUCGUUUGAGAGACCACAUCAAGGUAGCACUAGAGAUGAACUGUGACCUGAUCUUAAGCCUUUAGAGAUUUAACUGGUUGGACUCUAUAAUAACCAUCGCCUGAUGCCAGUAUGGAGUGUUGGCUCAGUGUUGGCUGACACAACAAGGAACUAAGCAAGGCCACAAUAAAUUGUGACGCAGGAUCCAAAGAAUGAUAUAGAGGGUGAGUCAUGUCCGUCACAUGCUGCAGUCAGACUCUCGUUCUUAUCACAGGACUUAUUUCAGAUAAAAAUAGCUCAUGUUUUACUCGUUUGUGCACAUAAACAAGAAAAAUAUCAGAACAAAGCUAUUCUGAAUAGAUGUAUCAAUUGUUCCAGCAUGUAGGAAAGAGUUACUCUCAAAUUGUCCUGACAUUUGCAGAGCCUCAGAAUAAGUGCCAAAUAAUGUGUGAGAAUGUCUGAGUGAGAGGACAGUAAUUUUAGGAAGCUCAGACCCAUGCUAUAUGUAGUACCAGCCAGGUGAUUCAUCACGGAGGUAGUAGUGUCAGAGUGGUGCGGUGAGGAAUGUCAUCAAUAUACCUGUGCUAAUAUAUAGCUGUUGGCUCAGAACCUGGUAAAUUCCCAAAAUAUGGUUUCAAAUUAAUAGAAAUAGAGAAAUAAUUGUGCAGGAUGUGAGGAAACUGAUGUCUCAUCAACAGAAAAGUACAGAAGCAAAUUACAGCUUUAUUCAAACUAAAUAAUGUCACGAUUGUGUGGUAUCGGCGUCCCUGCAUAUGUCGCUAAAUCAGUAUGACUGUUAUUGUCAAGUCAGAGAGGUGCAUUCUGAGCUCAGGGAUGAUAGGACCUCUGUUGUAGAUGUGUCUGCACCCUCUGGUUAUAUAAGCCGGCUAAGCAUAACCUAAAACACAGGGCUUUAAUGAUCCCAUGAGUUAUCACAUGACAUAGGUGUGACUAACAGGCUGAACACGUUGUCACUAACUGUCUGUAGGGGGUAGGAUUUCCCUGUUCAUCUGUAACGGUUUUAUCGAAAAGUGCAAUUUCUAAAUCUAUUACAGUUGUUUUUAUUUUAUGAUGCCUGUUCCUGCACUCAAUAAAGCAAUGUGUUCUUGUU